GUUAUUCAAAUUUAUGAUUCAACUUCGUUGAUCGUUAUUUUGAAUUAUUCUGGGUCGUUAUAAUACAACAAAUGAAAGGCUGGUGAUUCAUUAUUCGUCCUGUUGACUGGGAAUUCGCGUUGCUUGCUAAAAGCUUCAAUUAACCAAAAGUUCGUGUUCUUCGUCUAAGUUUAGGACAGCUUUACGAUACCAAGCUUUCUAAACAACCUCCUAUAUCAACAGUCAACAAACGUACAAAAAACAGCGUCAGCUACACAUCUACAAUUCGUAAGCUUGUAAGGGCAGCAACUCCCUCUGCGAUAUCACAGGCUCAUAGCCCUAUGACAUCUCAGUGAUGAAGCAUGUUCGAAACAGAAAGUGACAAAUCAGUGUCUCUAGCAGUGAUUUUGUAGCAGCAAAAGCCGAAAAAUGUGCAUUUGCAAAUUUCAGCACUUAAUUUUUGUACUAUCAAGCUAUGAGACAUAUGACAGAUUUUUUUCGCGAACCCGCCAAAAGAGCUUCAAGGACUCCAAAAGGUCCGCGGACCCCACUUUGGGAAGUACAGAGCUAGUCGUUUCCUACUUUCCUGAAUAAGAUGUUUUGCAAGAACUGCUUCUAUUUAUAAUUAUUUUAGGAUAUAAAAUUGAGUGCAAAAUAUUUCUAAUCACUAGUUAAACGCACGUCAAAGUUUUGCGAAAACUGCUUCAAAUAUCAUUGUUUUGAAAAAUAAAAUUAAACAAGAUAUUUGUUUUAUAAAACUAAUGACACAUAUCAUAUAUCAUUUUUCCAAUGAUUACCUAAUGUUUAAGCUUGAUAGUAGUAAAAACGUUUGCUCAUAUAAAAGUUUUAUAUUUCGAAUUUUAUUUAUUUUUUAUUUGACGGAGAUUUUAUUUAUGUGAUCGCUGUUUCUUUAAUAUUAUUUUAGUUCUAAAUAAACUCCGUGAGUUUGUUAAAUUUAAACAAACAUAUGAAGAAAGACUAUAUAUUCUCAAUACAAAUAGCAGAGAACAUCAGUUUGUUUGCUGUGUAAGAGGUAGCUUAUCGAAGAUUUAAAACAUUUUCAACCCAAACUCAGUAUAUCUAGUUUUGAGAAAAAUUUUUUAACACUUAUAAGUCAAUAUGCGGAUAUUACUUGUAUCGAUCAUGCUGUCGGCUGCUGUAAUGUUGAUGUUACUGGAUGGCACAUACGGACGAAAAGAUCUAUGGAGUGUGAACGAAAGUUUGUUUGAAUGUACAACAGAUAAAGACUGUAAUGAUGGCAGACUUUGCGAAGCAGGAGUUUGUUAUUAUGAAGGAUGUCAAACAAAUAAAGACUGUGUUUCUGACGAAAUUUGCCAAGAAGGCGUUUGUUAUAAUGAAGAAUGUCGAACAAAUGGAGACUGUGCUUUUUACCAUAUUUGCAAAGAAGGCGCUUGUUAUCUUGAAGGUCAUUUGGGAUGAAAAGGAGACGGAAAACGCUGCAUGUGGUCCUUGUUGUCGGCUUUGCUGUAACUCCAUAUAUAUUAUGGAAACAAAUUAUUAAAAUCAGUGUGAAAUAAUGUGCGGCAUGUUUUAAACCAUGUUUAUUUUAAGUAAGUGCUUGUUGUGUAAGUAAUGAGUAAGUACUUUGUAAGAAAUUCACCCAAAGCAUAGUCUCAGGCAUUUACUCAUAAAUGCGUAUAGGAAUAAGGCCGUUUAGUUUAAUUUCCUUUUUUUGUAUUUUAAAAAUAUUAAGUUGAAAUUCUGAAUACGUUUCUGCCCGGUUUCAAUGUUUGAUUUGAUUUCUGUUAAUCCAAAACAAAUUGUUUUAACCCCAAAAGAAGAUAAAUCAAUUUUACGUUGAAUUUAAUCGUUUUCUAUGAACUGUAGCUUGUUUUCCAAUUUUCAUUAAAUUAUAAGUGUUGCUUUAGCCUUUUAGUCGCAUACGUGGCCAUUUUAUGACGAAGAUGCUUGAUUUAUUUUCAUACCCAAUUUAACACUUCGAUGGCGAAAUAUGAUUUAAUUUUUGGUUUGGUCAGUAUUCACCUACAAUACGAUAUGUUUAAUUUUUUUUUCAUUAUACUCUCACGUCAUUUGCUUCGGUAAUAAAUGCUAUGUGUAAUUAGGA